AUGGCGGCUUUGAGUCUGGCUUCACAUGAAUCACAGCAUGAUACUGUCCACAAGAAAAUGACGCCGGAUGCUUCCAAGUACCGACAAAGCGGCUUGUCAGGUGUAAGUCACCCACUGCUACGGCAUCACCUGCUUCGAAUACGCACGGCAAAUGGCAUCAGCUUCGAUGGCGAUUACCACCAAGGAACCCUUCGUGGGGUCUACCUUCAACAGAGUGAAACACCCAGACAUCUAGUUGGCAGUGAGUUCAAGAUCGCCCGGUGCGGUCGAUCAACUGAAUGGAACACAACUUACACAAACGCGUGCAGACCACAGGCCAGUCGAUACAACUUGGUGAAUCACCGUUAA